AUGUCUGAGGAUCCAGACCUGCUGGAUGCCGUCCGGAAAGUUUACGAAGCAACAAACAAGCUGGACGAUGGUGAUGGUCUGGACAGUUGGAUAACUGGCGCAGAUUAUGAACGCUCACCGGACGGAGCAAAUCAAUUCGGGAAAGGGCCUCGACCACAGCGUCGAAACUGCGAAGUGCAAUCUGACGGGAAGUUGAAAGCAGAGCUGGAAAGGGAGUUUCUGCACCCUUCACCGCGACUUAGUUCUCUGUGGCUAAGUAAGCUGCAACAGCGAUGGGAAAUUCCUGUGGACUACCAUGAUCUGUUUGAGCUGGCACCUCCGCAAACCCGCACCAUUAUCCGGUUUACCCGGGAAGGUCUGGAAGGUAGGGUUACUGGUUAUCGUGAGGUUACUGUUCCUUCAAGCAGUGCUACUGCAAAAAACUCAACCUCAUUGCUUAGACGGCCAGCAGGCCGUGCUGAUUUCGUUCGCGGUGCUGCUGGAUUUUUCCCGUUUGCACCUGGUGGGCUAGAGGGCGUGGAAGCCAUUGCUGAACUUGAGUCGGAGGUUCAAGCUGAUGAGCGGCGGGCUGCUACAGGAGGGAAGUCCUCGGGGUUGGAUAGAAUUAUUAACUUUGGUGUGGAAGGUGGUUUGUUGGAAGUGCCUCCGGGGUUUUCCAGGGGAUUGAAAUUUGGGAAGGCGAAGAGCAAAGAUGAGGAGUGGGAUGUUCAGGAGGUGGAGGAUACUCUGGAGCAGAACGAGAAGGGUAUUGAUGAGAUAACUGGAGAGGGUUCUCCCACUGACACAGAUAAGAACUUUGAAAUGAGUGUACAACUUGAAGAGGACUUGUCUAGUGAUGAGAAGGACGAAGACAUCGAUUCUUUACUACCUGUUGAAUAUCCAGCUUUGGAGCCAAGAGGUCAACUUCUGGCGCCCUCUUCGAAGAGAGGAGGCAAAGAGUGGGCUCAUGUGGUGGAUGUUAACAAAGAGAUUACAAAUUUUUACGAUUUGGUACCCGAUAUGGCACGAGAAUGGCCAUUCGAGCUGGAUACCUUUCAAAAAGAAGCAGUCUAUCAUUUGGAGAACGGAGAUUCUGUUUUUGUUGCCGCUCACACAUCUGCUGGGAAAACUGUGGUGGCAGAAUAUGCGAUUGCGCUCGCUUCCAAACACAUGACUAAGGCUAUCUACACAUCCCCGAUAAAGGCCUUAAGUAACCAAAAGUUCCGUGACUUUAGAAAUACAUUUGAGGAUGUCGGAAUUCUGACGGGGGAUGUACAAAUUCACCCCGAGGCAAGCUGCUUGAUUAUGACCACAGAAAUCCUCAGAAGUAUGCUUUAUCGCGGAGCUGAUCUUAUUCGCGAUGUGGAAUUCGUCAUUUUUGACGAAGUUCAUUAUGUGAAUGAUCUGGAAAGAGGUGUGGUUUGGGAGGAGGUUAUAAUUAUGCUUCCAGAGCACGUUACGCUUAUUCUACUCUCCGCCACGGUUCCAAACACAUACGAAUUUGCGUCUUGGGUUGGACGUACUAAAAAGAAGGAUAUCUACGUUAUUUCAACCCCCAAGCGCCCAGUCCCAUUGGAGCAUUACCUAUGGGCUGAUAAAAGCAUGCUGAAAAUCGUCGAUUCGAGUAAGAAUUUUAUUGAGAAAGGAUGGAAAAAAGCAGAUGACAUUUUAUCUGGGCGCGACAAAGCUCGUGCUCAGAAAGCUGCAGAAUCCCAGCCCAAUCACAAUAGAGGUGGCUAUGGAGAUAGAGGUCGUGGUGGUGGGCAGCCACAACGUGGAAACCAACGAGGAGGGACCCAACGUGGUGGCGCUCAACAACAAAGAGGGGGUGCACAACAAAGAGGCAGAGGCCAACCUGCAUCUCGUGGAACCGGCAAUAUCGCUAGAACAGGCCGAGGCGGUGGACGAACCACGGUAGCACAGGACCGAAAUAUCUGGGUUCAUCUUGUGCAACAUCUGCGAAAGGAAAAUCUGCUACCAGCAUGUGUUUUUGUAUUUUCCAAGAAAAGAUGUGAGGAAAAUGCGGAUUCUUUGUCAAACCAGGAUUUUUGCACGGCGGCGGAAAAGAGCUCUAUUCAUAUGAUUAUUGAAAAGUCGCUGGCCCGACUAAAGCCAGAGGAUAGAAUCCUACCGCAAAUUCGCCGUGUCAGAGAGCUGCUGAGCAGAGGCGUUGGUGUCCACCAUGGCGGUCUUUUGCCAAUUAUAAAGGAAAUCGUGGAGAUAUUAUUCGCCAAAACCUUAGUGAAAGUACUCUUUGCGACAGAAACUUUUGCCAUGGGUUUGAACCUCCCUACAAGGACCGUUGUAUUUUCUGGUUUUCGAAAACAUGACGGUCGAUCAUUCAGAGACCUGCUUCCAGGUGAAUAUACCCAAAUGGCAGGGCGAGCGGGACGGCGUGGCCUUGAUACUGUCGGGUCUGUGAUUAUUGUUUCGUCUGGCAAGGAUGAAGCGCCACCUGCAGGUACCCUACGUCGCAUGAUUCUGGGCGAUCCGACAAAGCUACGAUCUCAAUUUCGCCUUACCUAUAACAUGAUUUUGAAUCUGCUGCGGGUAGAAGCCUUGAAAAUUGAAGAAAUGAUCAAAAGAAGCUUCAGUGAGAAUGCAACGCAGGCACUCCUCCCGGAACACCAGAAGCAAGUACAAGUGUCUGAAGCUACACUGGAGAAAAUAAAACGAGAGCCAUGCGCCAUUUGUGAUAUUGACAUGGAAGCUUGCCAUGAAGCUGCCGUGGAGUUCUCGCGGUUAACUACUCAACUUCAUGUCAAUCUCCUUUCAUCCCCGGUGGGGCGGCGAUUGUUCUCAGCCAAGAGAGUGGUUGUGUUUAAAAGGAAUGGCAUCAGAACGGUUGGUUUGCUCGUGCGAGAAGGCGUGGCUCCUGGGCCAAAUAUUGGUCUGCAGGUGUUCGAAUUUGGUCCAAUGAAAUCCAGCCGACAUCCGAGUGAUAUUCUUCCAUACCUUCCAGAGUUUCGACAUUUGUUUUCUCCACUCUCAACGGAGCCUUUUGAGAUGGUGCUGAAAACGUACAAAAUCUCACUUGAGGAUCUUGAAUGUGUAACCUCGACAGUGUUAAAAAUAGGGGGUCCGACUUGGUAUUUAAAUAUCAAGAAAGAGGCAUUGAAAGUUGCACAAAAGGACCUCGUCCAGAUUUGUUGCUCGUGGAAAACUGGUUCUUGGAAUGAAUUGGAGUGGGAUCGAGUGAAGGAACUUCAAGUGGUCGAGAUCUUAAACAAGCGAAAGGAACAGGUGGCCAUCAUUGAAGCCUGCGAAUGCCUGCGAUGCCCGCAAUUUUUGAAACAUUUCGAAAUGCAACAUGACGAAUGGCAGGUGAAAGAGAACAUAUCGCAGUUAAAACAAUUAAUGUCGAACCAGAACUUGCAACUUCUACCAGACUACGAACAGCGUCUUUUGGUCCUCAAGGAUCUUGGUUUCGUUGAUGAGGCAUGUCGAGUCCAAUUGAAAGGAAAGGUAGCCUGCGAGAUUCAUUCAGCCGACGAACUGGUCCUGACGGAAUUGAUUCUGGAAAAUCUGCUUGCAGAAUACGAGCCAGAGGAGAUCGUUGCUCUGCUGUCAGCCUUCGUCUUCCAAGAGAAGACCGAAAGCGUACCUUUGCUGACACCACGGCUUGAAAAGGGCAAAGAGGCCAUCAUCAAGAUAUCGGAGAAGGUAAAUGACUUCCAAAUCAAGCACCAGGUCAUUUUAUCGAGUGGGGACUCCAACGACUUUGCAAGCAAGCCACGGUUCAGCCUAGUCGAGGUCGUCUAUGAAUGGGCACGUGGAAUGCCAUUCAACCGGAUCACCGACCUGACCGAUGUGAUGGAAGGCACAAUUGUCCGUGUAAUCACUCGGCUGGACGAAACAUGCCGGGAGGUGAAGAGUGCUGCGAAGCUGGUUGGCGACCCGACCCUGUAUAGCAAGAUGCAGCGGGCCCAGGAGAUGAUCAAACGCGACGUGAUAUUUGCGGCAUCACUUUACAUGUGA